GCACAUCGCGGAUCUCGCUUGAAACGCGGCGCAUCUCACAGCAUCACCAGCGGCACACGCGCACCCGGCGGGGCACCAGAGGCACCGAGUCCACGCACGCACCGAUCACCAUGGACAGCGCGGGAAACACCUCGGCGGCGGAUUACCGGAGCCAGUUUUACAACAACAACAACAUCACCUACUGCCACAACUUCACCGCCGGCAACGCCAGCGCGAGCGUGGCGGACACGCGGUGCGAGACGGAGCGCGGCAGCCUGGAGGACGACGCCAACCCGGUUAUCAUCGCGAUUGUGAUCACGGCGCUCUACUCCAUCGUGUGCGUGGUGGGACUCAUCGGAAACGUACUGGUCAUGUAUGUUAUCGUCAGAUACACUAAAAUGAAGACAGCCACCAACAUCUACAUCUUCAACCUCGCACUGGCAGACACCUUGGUAACCAGCACGCUGCCAUUCCAGAGUGUCAACUAUCUAAUGGGGACCUGGCCCUUUGGAGACAUCCUGUGCAAGAUGGUGAUGUCCAUCGACUAUUACAACAUGUUCACCUCCAUCUUUACGCUCACCACCAUGAGCAUCGAUCGCUAUGUGGCCGUGUGCCAUCCAGUCAAAGCGUUGGACUUCAGAACACCAGGCAAUGCUAAGAUAGUCAAUGUCUGCAACUGGAUCCUCUCCUCAGCCAUUGGCUUGCCCGUCAUGUUCAUGGCCUCCACCACCCUCGACUUGCGUAGCUCCUCCAGCAUUGUUGACUGUAAGCUGAUUUUCCCCCACCCUUCCUGGUACUGGGACACCCUGCUGAAGAUCUGUGUGUUCAUCUUUGCAUUUAUUAUGCCGGUCCUCAUCAUCACCAUCUGCUACGGCCUCAUGAUCCUUCGCCUCAAGAGUGUCCGAAUGCUGUCGGGCUCGCAGGAGAAGGACAGGAACCUGCGCCGGAUCACCCGUAUGGUCCUCGUGGUGGUGGCUGUCUUCAUCAUCUGCUGGACGCCCAUUCAUAUCUUUGUCAUCAUCACAGCGCUGGUCAACAUCCCCAUGUCCACACUGCAGACUAUCACCUGGCACUUCUGCAUUGCCCUGGGAUACACAAACAGUAGUUUGAAUCCUGUCCUCUAUGCUUACCUGGAUGAGAACUUCAAGCGUUGCUUCCGUGAGUUCUGCACCCCGAGCCCCUCGGUGAUGGAGCUGCAGAAUUCAUCCCGGACUGGAGCUGCUGGACGCCACCCCCCGCAACGUGAAAACAACACUGCACAGACAGGAGACAAGACCAACCAACAGGUAUGACUAGCCAUGGAGAGGUCGUCGGUGGACUCUCGAUGUUGCAGAGGUGUUGCCAAUGACGACCUCAACUCAGAGGUCACGCAGGUCACCACAGGGCUGUGAUCACGAACAGGACACAGACACAUUUUGACCAUAUCUUACCAUUUUAACUGUGGCACCGCCAUCGGGUCAGGUGACUCACAUGACAACCAACUUGAUGACAAACUGCUUGACUGUGAGGGGUUUACUGUUAGGUGCAGAAACGAUGACAAGCUAUGUGUAAAAA